GUGUGGAAUCCGUUUCCUCUGCCUUUCUGUUUGGUCAACUUUUUUCUUGAGAAAUAGGGAUCCAGAGAAGGGGACUCGUCUGGUUGAGGUCUGAUUGGCCCAAAACUGAAUCCCAAGGUUGGGCCCAUACGACGUAAGAAUUGGUUUGGGCCUCAGGUUGAUUUUGGGUGUCGUCCUUAGAUUGGGCUUUGCCUUUGGGCCGAGUUCAAGAUGGCCCGUUUGAAGAUGGGGAACAAGGUUGUACGGACACUGGAUAAGGCGACGACAUGAAAGGAGUGGAUUGGUGUUUUGAGGAGGAUAACAGAGGUCGGAUAGGGGGUAGAGAGAAGAAGAAUCAAGUGAUAAUGGGUUCCAUUUCGGUAUCAUGGGUCUGUUCAAGUAGAGCAGUUCCAUCAGCAUCUCUGAGCUUACUCGCAGGCUCCAAAAGAAGAAGCCUUGCAUCCCUGAAUAUGAGGAACAACCCAACUUCCCCUGCCCUGCUUCACUGCUCCUUCACUCCCACUGUUUCUCUCUCUUUUCCUUCCUCUUUCUCUGGUUUAUCUUUGGGGUUGGACUUGAACUCUAGCGUUGGGGUAAGAAAAGAGAGAGGCCAUGGCCUGGUGGUGAGAGCUGGGAAGGCUGCUCUUUGUCAAACUAAGAGAAAUAGAUCUCGAAAAUCUCUGGCCCGGACGCAUGGCUUCCGCAGGCGAAUGAGAACCACCAGUGGAAGAGCAGUAUUGAAGCGUCGACGUGCCAAGGGAAGGAAGGUCCUCUGCACAAAAUCCAACCCCAGCAGUGGAAAACGUGCCUAACCAUUCACCUUUUUGGACAAAUUUCUGUAGGUAAAUGUGGCAAUUCAAUGAUGUAACUUAUACUGGUUGGUUCAUGAGUAGUUUGAUCAUGUUUCAGGCUUAUGCCUAACAAACAGUGCCCCGUCUAUUGUUUCAUUUGAGAAAUAUUUUUUUUUUGCUGCA